AUGAGUCUUUUGAGUUGGAAUUGCCGAGGGCUUGGGAACCCGAGGAUUGUUCAAUUCCUAAAGGAAAUCGUUUUCCAAAAGAAACCCAAUGUUGUCUUUUUGUGUGAGACAAUUUGCAAAACUGACAAAAUUAAUAUUGUGAAAAGGGCGUUGGGCUUUGAAGGGAGUUUUGUGGUAGAGGCCCGAGGCCAUAGUGGAGGCCUAGCUAUGUUAUGGAAGAAAGAGGAGGAGGGUAAGUUGAUUAGCUUCAGUACAAACCAUAUCGACUUAGAGCUCAACAUGGAUGGUUAUCCAACAUUUCGUGCAACCGGUUUCUAUGGAGAACCUCAGAGACAUCUUCGAGCUAACACCUGGCGUGCUAUACGUCAACUCUCAGGUGAGUCUUCCUUACCGUGGUGUUUGUUGGGAGAUUUAAAUAAUACUUUGAACCAUAGUGAUAAGAGGGGGGGCCGCCCAUAUCCUAAUUGGUUAUUAACUGGUUUUCAAGAUGUUGUGUCGGAAUGUCAUCUCAUUGAUAUGGAAAUACAAGGGCAUCCUUUCACUUGGGAGAAGGGUAAGGGUACGGACCAAUGGGUUGAAGUAAGGUUGGAUAGAGCGUUAGUUUCUUAUGAUUGGCAAGCUCUGUUUCCGUCGGCCAUAUUGGAGAAUUUGGAGGUCACAGUAUCAGAUCAUUGCCCUAUAUGGUUAAAUCUCGCCAAGUCUAAACCGGUUCAAGUUAAGAAGAGAUUUCGGUAUGAAAAUGCGUGGUCUCGAGAACCGAUGUGUAGGCAGAUAGUACAAGCUCGAUGGGAGAAUGGUUUGGGUGAUUCCUUACAAGUGAAAUUGGAAGCGUCGUUGUGGUUACAAGCCGGAGAUCAGAACACUAAGUACUUUCAUGCUUGUGCUAGUAGUCGAAAAAGAAACAAUCAGAUUGUUAGGCUGAAGAAUGCGGAUGGGGAAUGGGUUGACUGGGAUAAUGGUCUUUCAGAGGUCAUGAGCAAUUAUUACUCUAACUUGUUUACCUCUUCUUGUUCGAAUUGGCAAGCUGUUAUUGAUUGUGUGGCUACCAGAGUGUCUAGUGAUCAGAACCGAGACUUACUACUAGCAGUUGAGGAGGAAGAAGUUCGGAGAGCGCUGUUUCAGAUGCAUCCUGAUAAAUCCCACAGGCCGAGAUGGUUUCAAUCACCGGGUUCAUCGGAAACAUUGGGAUAUAGUCGGCAAAGAUGUCAUAAGUCUGGUACAACGUUUCUUUUCUUGUGGUGA